AUAAUAGUAAUCACUCAUCACUUAUACAUCCAGUUGUCUCGUCUCUUCACCUUUCAAUCAGAAGAACAGUGAAGUUGAGAUCAUCCAUCAUGAGCGUGAAUACCAAUGAAGGGUCCAAGAACCUGUGGAAGGAUCUUCCUUUAGAGCUUCUGAGUUCAGUAAUGACUUUUCUUGAAAUCAAAGAUAACGUAAGAGCUUCUGUUGUAUGCAAAUCGUGGUUCGAAGCCGCAGUUUCAGUUAGGGUCAUUGACAAAUCUCCUUGGCUCAUGUACUUCCCUGAAACCAAGAACACUUACGACUUUUACGAUCCAUCGAACUGCAAGAAGUAUACAAUGGAGCUGCCUAAAUCGUUAGUUGGCUUUAUUGUUCGUUACUCGAAAGAUGGAUGGUUACUUAUGAGCCAAGAAGAUUCAUCACACUUUGUCUUGUUCAAUCCAUUUACUAUGGAUGUUGUAGCCUUGCCUUUUCUUCACUUGUUCACUUAUUAUCAGUUAGUGGGUUUCUCUUCUGCUCCUACAUCUAGUGAGUGUGUGGUGUUUACUAUCAAGGAUUAUGAUCCAGGCCAUGUCACUAUCCGUACUUGGAGUCCGGGUCAAACGAUGUGGACUUCAAUGCAGGUUGAGUCUCAAUUCCUUGAUGUUGAUCAUAACAAUGUUGUUUUCUCAAAUGGCGUGUUUUACUGUCUUAACCAAAGAAACCACGUUGCGGUUUUUGAUCCGUCUUUACGUACAUGGAAUGUUCUUGAUGUACCGCCACCUAGAUGUCCCGAUGAUAAGAGUUGGAAUGAAGGAAAGUUCAUGGUAGGUUAUAAAGGUGACAUACUUGUGAUUCGUACAUAUGAAAAUAAGGACCCUUUGGUGUUUAAACUCGAUCUUACUCGAGGUAUUUGGGAGGAGAAGGAUACACUCGGUAGUUUAACUAUUUUUGUGAGUAGGAAGUCAUGUGAAUCGAGAACAUAUGUUAAGGAUGGGAUGUUAAGGAAUAGUGUAUACUUCCCUGAGUUGUGUUACAAUGAGAAACAAAGUGUGGUGUAUUCGUUUGAUGAAGGGAGGUACCACCUGCGAGAGCAUGAUCUUGAUUGGGGAAAACAGCUUUCAUCUGAUAACAUUUGGAUCGAGCCUCCCAAGAACGCUUUUGAGCUAGUUUAAAAGUAUUUUUGCAAUGUUUGGUGUUUGAACUUGGCACAUCUUAGAGAUGAUGACUUAGCUCCACUAAUAUGUUCUUUUGUUGCUAUUGUUAUUGUUAUGUCAAUUUUUUGCUCACUGUCUAAGCUCCAAGCUCCUCUUGUUCCUUAUUCGAUAAAAACAAAAUUUCUCUCACACUUCAAGAUUUUCAUGGGAUAUAGCUUUAUAAUAAAAAGAUUAAAAUGAAAUCAUACUUUUAU